AUGAUAAAAAAAGAUAAAAAUAUUAAUGGGAAUAUAACUACAAAUAAUAAUAAUAAUUCAAAUUCAAAUUCAAAUUCAAAUAAAAAAAUAAAUAAUAAAAAAGGAAAUUCAAAAAAUUCAAAUUCAAACUCAAAUUCAAAUUCAAAUUCAAGUCAAUUAUUACCACCACCUCCACCACCACCAUAUAAACUUUUAGUUUUAACUGAUAAUGAUUUUAUACAAGUAUUAGGAACAUUAUCAAAAGAAACCAUUAUUCAAUUACUUAAAUCAAUUAAAAAUAUUUAUAAUCUUUCAGUUGAUACACAUGUUGAUAAAGUACCAAAAUCUAAAUUACUUCAUAUAAUCAAAGAAUGUAUAUCAUUUUCAUCAAUCGAUGAAUUUGUAUCAUCAUUUCAAGAUUCAUCAAUCACCGAUUCACUUUCAUUAUUUCAAAAUACUAUUAAAUUAUUAAAUAAUCAUUCCUUAUUAAAUCAUUCUUAUUUAAAAAAUUAUAAUAUUAAUAUUUAUACAAAUUAUGAUGAAAUUGAUGAAAAUGAAGAUAAUAAUAAUAAUAAUAAUAAUAAUAAUAAUAAUAAUAAUAAUAAUAAUAAUAAUAAUAAUAAUAAUAAUAAUAAUAAUAAUAAUAAUAAUAUGGAUUUAGAAGAAUUUUAUAAAAGAAUUGAAUUUUCAAAUCAAAAAAUAUCAUUUUUUCAACACUUUUCCUCAUUAAUUAAAUCAAGAGGUUUAAAUUAUCUUUUUGAUAAAUCUGAUUUUGAAAUUACUAAAAUUUAUUCAAAAUGUAUAAAUGUACCAAUACCUGAUAAUAAUAAUAAUAAAAAUAAUAAUAAUAUCACUGAUAAUAAUAAUAAUAAUAAUGAAAUUUUAAAUAAUUUAAAAAGUGAAAUUAAACAAGAAUUAUUAUUUAGAGGUACAGAAUCAUUUUUUAGAAAUUUAAAUUCUCAAAUCAUUAAAAUGGUUGCUGAUAAUUUAAAAUUAAAUAAAAAUGGAAAAAAAGAUGUUAUAAUUGAUCAAAUCAUGUCUUUAAUAUUUGAAGGUGAUCCUUUAAAAAAGAAAUCAAAAUUAACUACAAAUAUCAACACCACCACCACCAAUACUAAAAAGAAUAAUAAUAAUAAUAAUAAUAGUAAUAAUUCAAUGUCACCACCGUCACUAUAUAAAAGAAAACAUAAUACAAUGAAACCAACUAAUAAUAAAAAAAAAUCAAAUAUUAAUAAUGAAAAUCAAGAUAAAGAUGAUUACUCAAAUAGUGAAGAAAAUUCUUGUUAUCAUUUUAUAGGUGAAGAAGGUUCAAUCAAUAACUAUGAUGAUAAUGAUGCUCUUGAUUAUGAUAGUGAAAAUGAUAAUGAAUAUAUUGAUGAAUAUGAUGAUGAUUAUUAUGAUGAUAAAGAUGAUGAUAAUAUUGUAUUUGUAAUUAAAAAUAAUAAUAAUAAUAAUAAUCAUAAUAGUGAUGAUGAUAAUAAUAAUAAUAAUAGUGAUGAAAAUAAUAAUAAUGGUGAUAAUGAUAGUCAAUAUGAAAAUGGAAAUGGAAAUUCAAUCAAUAAAGAAUCUAAUAAUAAUAAUAAUGAUAAUAAUAAUGAUAAUAAUAAUAAUAAUAAUAAUAAUAAUAAUAAUAAUAAUAAUAAUAAUAAUAAUAAUAAUAAUAAUAAUAAUAAUAAACAAGAAAAUGAUAACAAUAAUAGUUGUAUUAAAAGUAAUGAUAGUUUAGUUAUAACGCAAGGUAGUAAUGAAUCACCAAAAUUAAAAGAGAAUAAUAAUGAUAAUAAUAAUAAUGAUAAUAAUAAUAAUGAUGAUAUAAUACAACAAACUCAAGAUAUUAAACAACUACAACUAUUUAUUAAAAGUGAAGAUGACAAUAAUGAUGAUGAUGAUGAUGAUGAUGAUGAUGAAGAUGAAGAUGAUAAUGAAUCAAACUCUGAUAUGGAUGAGGGUAGUGAUGAUUCUGCUGAUCAUAAUGAUAAUAACAAUAAUAAUAAAAAGCAACAUGUAAAUAAAAUAGAAAAAGGACUUUCAAAACAGGAACUAAGUGGAAUGUUUCAUUGUAAUCAUUUACGAUCUUAUUGUAAACAAAACAAUUUAAAAUUAUCUGGUACUAAAAAAGAUAUUGUCAAAAGGAUUUAUGAUUUUAUAAAUAAUGAUUGUAAAUUGGUUGAAGCACCAAAGAGAAAAAAAAAGAAGAGAAGAUUUUAA